AGUGGUAAUUGAACAAAGUGAGUGAGUCUCCAACAUAAAGCCGAAAGAACAUGGGAAGAGUGUUUGUGGUGGAGCUUGAGGGCAGGUCUUAUAGAUGCAAGUUUUGCAGAACUCACUUGGCCCUUGCAGAUGAUCUCAUCUCUCAGGCGUUUCACUGUCGUAGGGGAAAAGCAUACCUAUUCAAUAAUGCCGUGAACUUCACAACUGGAGCACCAGAAGAAAGGGUGAUGCUUUCAGGAUUACAUACUGUGGCAGAUAUUUUUUGCUGUUGCUGUGGUCAGAUAAUUGGAUGGAAAUAUGAAUCUGCGCACGAGAAGAGUCAAAAGUAUAAAGAAGGGAAGUUUGUUCUUGAAAGCAGAGGAAGGAUUGUUGAUGAAGUUGAUUUCUCCACUGAAUUCUAUAUCGACAGUCGUGCCAGCAUGAGUGAUGCAGAAGAUGCUUAGCAUCAUGAACCAUGCUGGACUUGUUGGAUCAGGAGAAAGAAUGCACUGCUUUUGUAUAUGAACAAUAAUAAUAAUGACCAUGAAAAUGUUCAAAAUCAAUGUAAUUUAGUUUUUGUUCUUAUUUUUUAAGUAUUAGUGCAUGA